GAAGAUGUCUUACUCACUGCGCAUGCGUACCAUAUUCAACAUGUCUGCGCCCAGCAGCAAGGUGGUAAAGGAACAGUAUUUUUCUAAUAAGCAUUAACAACAUGUAACUCGACAGUUUUUAGAUAAUUUAUGAAUUAAACCUGUUUCGUAAGAGCCACGCCGAUAUUUAAGAUAACUGGAAAACCCUAACGGAAACAACUGAACGUUUGUUAUUUGAUUUCAAGAUUACAUAAAGUGAGUUGUUUACUUUUUUAAACGCACGCAUUUUGUUACGUAGGUUGAAAUCCAAACCUUAAUCGCAACAACACAAGGUAGCGGUUCAUUUAGGCCACCAUUUAAAGAAAAAUAAUUAAUUAUCAGGUUGGGCUGUGGUUGUCGUCGUCUGUUUAAUUCCCCUGAAAUAUCGUUACCUUAAUCUUCAACAGAAUAUAGCGCUGCUGGUCACGCCGCUUUCAAGAAUGACUUUGUUGGAUACAUAACACGGCUUAAUCAAGCAACCCCAGGCACCCUUAUUCUUAUUAGAAAUAAAAACGUAUACAAUUCUAACAUUUUUGAAUGAAGUUUGGCGGCAUGUUUGUUCCGGACUAGAGAGGAACAUGUUCCAGAGGCAAGUCAUAUCGGGAUCCGGGGUUUUUCCAAUUUUUUUGCCACAGUGAAUCUUCUGAAGACAUAUGCUUAUAAGAUGGCUUACAGAAGAGCCCUAAACCUUCUUCCGAGAGGAAAGCAGUGCAUGUUUAGUGUUUUCCAGAAGCCACCAAUGGGCAUCAGUCAAACUCUUAGAUUCCACAUUAAUAAUCAGUGUAGCAGAACAAGAAAUCUUCACACUGCUACACCACUGAUGGUGGCCAAGUUACUGUCGGUGGAGGAGCUUUUUGCCAUGAGGUCUCUGCAGGGAUACCUGAAGAAGAUGGAGACGGAGUACAGUGAAUGUUUGAGAGUGGUCAACAGCAGUGAGACAAGGGAGCAGUACAGUGAAGACGAACUGAGGGCCAAGAGGACCAAAGCGUCCCUGCUGGCUCCUCUCAUCCAGAGCAUCAGAGAGCUCGAGGCCAAACAAAAAGACGUCGCUGAGACUGAGAUGCUCAUGAAAGAUGAAGACCCAGCUCUGCGAGAACUGGCAGAGCUGGAAAGAGAAAGCUGUUUGCAAGAUAUCCAAGAUCUUAGUCAAAAGAUCCUGGAUCUGUUGAUCCCUGAGGAGGACGCAGAGAUGAACGACCUCGUCCUGGAGGUUACAGCUGGUGUUGGGGGUCAGGAGGCCAUGCUGUUCACUGCUGAGGUUUUUGACAUGUACCAGGGCUACGCUCAGUACCACGGCUGGUCCUUUGACCUCCUGGAGCACAUGACCAGCGACAUAGGUGGACUACGUCACGCCUCGGCCAGCAUCAGUGGCCCUCAGUGCUACAAGAGGAUGAAGUUUGAGGCCGGAGUCCAUCGAGUUCAGAGGGUUCCCAAGACUGAAAAACAGGGCAGAAUGCACACCAGCACCAUGACCGUAGCUGUGCUGCCCCAACCCACUGAGAUUUCUUUCACGAUUAACCCGAAGGACCUGAGGAUAGAAACUAAGAGAGCGAGUGGAGCUGGAGGUCAACAUGUCAACACCACAGACAGCGCAGUCAGAAUGGUCCAUCUGCCAACAGGUGUGGUUGCAGAGUGCCAGCAGGAACGGUCCCAGCUGAAGAACAGGGAGAAAGCCAUGCAGGCACUGAGAGCAAAACUGUACAGCAUGAAGCUGGAGGAGGCGACCAGCAAACGCUACAACCAGCGUAAAGUACAGAUUGGCACCAGAGGCAGAUCAGAGAAGAUUCGAACCUAUAACUUCGCCCAGGACCGAGUAACAGACCACCGGAUCGGCAUGACUGUGCACGACAUCAAGAGCUUCCUGCUGGGAGAGGAUCUGCUGGAGGAGAUGAACUCGUCUCUGCAGGAGUUCUCCAACCAGGAGGUGCUCAUGGAACUGCUAGAAGAAAGCAACCAGGACAGCUCAUGAGUCUGAGGAACAAGGCUCAUGAAUGAAUGGAAACUUGUUGCUAUGUGUCCGAGCAGAGAACUAACUGUAAUAGUGGUCAUUUCUACUCUGCAGGAAAAAAACGAGGAAAAGGGCAAUGAUGGAUUGUACGAUUGACUGAGUCUUAAUAUUAUCUGUCCAUCGAAAAAACAAACAAACAAAAAAACGGACAUUUUAGCCUCCAUAUGCAUGACCAACAUUGAAAAGUAGCUAAUAAAAGACUCCACUGUUUCCAAGUAUUCAGUCAGAAACAACGUGAUUAAUUCAUUUAAAAUAAGUGGUGUAUGUGCACUGCCUCACCGUGAAGAGCCGCAAACUCAUGCAGACUCUGUGGCCAGAAGUAUGUGGACACUCAAACAUUACACUCAUGUAAUUGUUAAACUUUUCAUUCAAAAACACUGGGCAUCAAUUUGUGGCUGUAAAAGUCUCCACUCCUCUGAGAAAGAAACGGGAAGGAUUUUGGAACCUGGCUGCAUGAAUUUGCUCCCAUUCAACCAUAAGGGUAGUAGUGAGGUGAUGCACUGAUGUUGUCUGAUAAGGCCUGGGUCACAGCUCGCUCACAUUUCAUCCCAGAGGUGUUGGAUAAGGUUGAGUUCGGGGCUUCCUUCCACACCAAACUGGAGAAAACAUUUCUUUAUGCUAAUUUUGUUUGUAGGGGCGUUUUGAUUACUUGAGUCGCCCACUUACAAGUAGGUGGCGUGUGGAAAUGGUAAAGAGCAAAACUGAAACUGCAUAAUGACUAUUUUUAUGAUACUUGGUGAUUGUUUUUUUUGUGUGUGUUUGUGUUUUUUAAACGAUUUAUUGUUUGCUGCUUUUUGUCAUUUGAGAGUAAAUGAAGAGUGUCUGGGA